GUUUUCCACCAGUCUUCGUUACAAAUUUGAAAGCACCACUCACACAACACCUACUGCCUCUUUCUCCAGAAGCUUCUCCUUCCUCACAUCAAUGGCCGGUGCUUCCAACCCCAAAACCCUAAACAAAACCCUUCUUCUUUCACAAUCCCAAUCCUUACACUCAGCUCUCGUGGACGAUGACGAUUUUCAAGAUCCAUCUCCUUCUCAGCUCCGAUUGCCAAAACCCACCUCAACAAUUCACUCCCGUAAGCCUCUUGCACCUUAUAAUAAGAAUAAUAAUAAUACUGCCAGUGCUCGCCCUUCCAAGAAGCCAAAACAGCAUCCACUACACGGCGGCAAGGAGAACUUAAUUGUUGUUGGAAAGUGUGCUGAGGAUUCGGAUUCGGGUCAUAGAUUGGAUAAUUCUCGUCCUACCAAGAAUCCAAAACAACAACCACUAAUUUCCGAGAAAUCGGAGUCCGAGUUUGAGGAUUUGGAUCUGUGUCAUGGAUUGGAUAGCAUAGAAUCGACUAUAGAUUGUUGUUCUAGGGCCCAAAGAACGGAGAAUGAGAAAGAAUUAAAGAAGGGUUACUUGUUUAAGUCGAUAGAGGCGAGGUUGCUCAAUUCAGAUGGCGGAUUUGAAGAGAGAAAGGAGGAAUCGGAGGAGUGCUCUGAGCUUGAUUUGCUGCUCAAAUUAUGCGGCGAGGAGGAGGAUGAAGGAGAUGGUGUAGAGUCUUUUGGCUUAGAGGAUGAAUAUGGUCUCCUUUGUUGCCCCCUUUGUGGAGCUGAUAUUUCAGAUUUGAGUGGUGACAUGCGAGAGGUUCACACUAAUGAGUGCCUUGACAAUGAGGAGACUCCAGCUCAUGUGGUUACUGCCAAUAAUGAUGUAUCUUUUCAGUGUCCUGGGCAAGUGCUUAAUGAUUCCCCAUGUCAAUCUCCUAAAGAGGUUAUCCGUGUAUCACCUGUUGUGGAAUGGUUACGAAAUCUUGGACUUGCUAAAUAUGAAGAAAUCUUUGUUCGGGAGGAGAUUGAUUGGGACGCUUUAAAAUCCCUGACAGAAGAGGAUUUAUUUGGCAUUGGUGUCACUGCUCUUGGUCCGAGGAAAAAGAUUAUUAACUCUAUUUUGGAGCUAAGAAAGGAAACUGCCGUGGAAAAAGUAGCUCGGCGAGAUGCGACAAAAGUUGUACAUGAUGAUGCCUGUACUAAACCAAGCAAGUUGAUAACAGAUUAUUUUAUUGGUUCUGUUUCGGAAAGAAAGAGAGUUUGUGCUACUGGUAGGGCACAAAUGGAGGUUGGAAGAACGUGUUCAGAUGCUUCCCAUAAGAGAAUUCAGAAGAAAAAUCCAGCCAAGAGUGCAAAAUCUAAAGAUAUUCCCGUGUGGUGUUCUGUACCAGGAACACCAUUCCGUGUGGAUGCUUUCAAGUACUUGAGAAGAGAUUGUUCUCAUUGGUUCCUCAGCCACUUCCAUUUAGAUCGUAAGACCUCUUCUGUUAACCAUUUUUUCGAAUGUUUAUAGCUGAACCAGUACAAAUAGAAACAACGAAAAUAGCAUCAACUUGCAGGCCAGUCUCCUUUAACUCUGCUUGUAGGGACAUUUCCAAAAGUGUGUUCACUUUCCUUUAAAGGAUCAAAAAAGGUUGCUGAACCUUCUUUUGAUUCUCUAUGAUAUAACAUCUCUGCAGUCCAAAUGCACAAAGGUCCAUUUUUCUCUUCCUGCAACAAAUGCUAAAUAAUUAACAUUUUCGGCUCUUCUCUUAAUAACAGUGUUAAGUUCUACAAUAAAAAUAAGAUGGAGGCAAUAAUUGGUUUGACUUUGACCCUCUAAUGAGAUUUUAGAGCUUUCACGUAUUUGCUUGCAGAAGUCUUAAAGUACACUGUCAGUUGAUUGAGUAAUUACAUGUUUAACAAUUAGAGAGAAGCACAUUUACUUUUGAAGGUGUUGGUUUAUGUUUAGUCAACAAUGGCAUGUCAAUUGGAAGAGUUGGUGGAAAGAGUUGGU